AUGUUUGCUCUAGCUGUAGGCGAUGUAGAUGGUGUUAAAUUCGUUGUAACCGAUGAAUUACACGGCAUUGGAUGUAUUGUUGCAGAUGCUGUGGAUGGUACUGGAUCUGUUGGAGCAGACGUAGAUGGAAUGACGAUUGAGGAAUCUGCAGUAAGAGGUCAUAUUCUUCAUAAACAAAAAACCAUUACAUACCUCAGUGUCGACCUUAAGUACUGGUAUCCUGAAGAACCCCCAGUUCCGAACUGCGAAGAUCCUAUCAUCCUUUGUACCAUAAGUAGAUGGUUAUCUAAGUGCGUCUGCAUGCUUCAACAAAAAAAGUACUUGAAUCUACCUUAUCUACCUCAUAUAGAUAUUUUUAUUGUAAAAAACGGAAAUAUUUGUCAAGAAACUGCCAAGAGCGCAAAAAAUAAGAGCAAAAUGAAAAUUAGGAAACUUCACCAAAGCCAGCAAGAUAAAUCUACCAAAAUGGCUUUUGCCACAACCAUAAUCAUAUAUUUUCUUUGCAUUUAUAAGCAUUGA